AUGACUCGUGACAACAACCUGCUGGGUAAAUUCAACUUGGAUGGUAUCCCGCCCAUGCCUCGUGGCGUACCGCAGAUCGAUGUGACGUUUGAUAUCGACGCUAAUGGUAUUUUGAACGUCUCGGCUGUUGAGAAGUCAACCGGUAAGGAGAACAAGAUUACUAUUACAAACGACAAGGGUCGCCUCUCGCAAGCCGAUAUCGACCGCAUGGUUUCUGAGGCCGAGAAAUACAAGUCUGAGGAUGAAGCGAACAAAGUUCGUAUUGAAGCCAAGAACGGUCUUGAGAACUACGCUUACAACUUGCGUAACACCCUCAACGAUGAGAAGCUUAAGGGCCAACUUUCGGAUGACGAUAAGAAAGCUAUCGACGACAAGGUCACUGAAACAAUCAACUGGCUUGACGCUAACCAAUCGGCUGAAAAGGAAGAAUUUGAAGGCAAGCAGAAAGAGCUUGAGGGUGUUGCAAAUCCAAUUCUCCAGAAAAUGUAUGCCGCAGCCGGUGGUGCCCCUGGAGCUGAUGGUAUGCCUGGUAUGCCAGGUGGAAUGCCGGGUGGUAUGCCCGGUGGUAUGCCUGGUGGUAUGACUGGUGGCGCCCCACCUGCUGGAGCACCUGACCAGGGUCCAAAGAUUGAGGAGGUUGACUAA